AUGACGACGUCGUCGCCCUCUCGAGAAGAUAUCUCAGCCAAAGAAAACAACGAGAUCAUGCAAGGAGUUGUACAGGAAACUCCCCCCACUGGGCCACCCAUUCUUGCACUCAAUCUGUUUGAUUGUUUGCAGGAGGCGGCGGUAACCAUUCGGCCACCGCCGCCGGAGAAGCGGUCUUUCUCUUGCAAGUACUGCAACAAGAAGUUUUCCAAUUCACAAGCGCUUGGAGGCCAUCAAAACGCCCACAAGCACGAGCGAGCCGCAAAGAAGAAGGAUAAAUUAAUAUAUAUUUCUCCUGCAGGUUUUGAACAUAUAGAUCAUACGUCGUCGUUCCCGUAUCCGGUUUUGGCUGCAAAUCCUCUGCAUGGAUCUGUGAGCAAAACUCUAGGAGUUCAGGGGCACUCGAUGAUUCAUAAGCCGAACUAUAACGGUUGUCCACGUGGUAGACUCGGGUACGGGUAUCAAGGUUACUGGCAAACCCAGGCUAAUAUUUAUCAAGCACAAUGCUUAGCGGCAAGGAUUCAUGAGCGUUUACCGUUGAAUGUGAAUACUUCAAAUGGUGGCAUGUCUCUAAUUAUGGGACCUUUUCCUAACGCGAUUUCCAGUGAAAUUUAUCGUCAGAGUAGUACUUCUUCGCAAUGCGAAACUUCUGGAGCUCUUGACUUGUCGCUCAAGCUUUAA